AUGGAGAGAUUUCGAAACCUCGACUGGCAUCCUGCAUUGGACGAUUUGAUAGACAAUGUAUUUAUUAGGGAUGAGAGAAUGGAGCGUGAGAGCGCAAUGUAUAAAAUUUUGGCUGGUAACUUCACAGAUCCACUUGAAGGUAUUAAUGACGAAUAUGCUGAUAUUGAUAUAGAAAUGAUUAAAAAAUAUCUCUGUGAGGAUGGCGAGGAUUUGACCAAUUUGGAAGAUGAUAAACAGCUAAAAAUUAAUCAGCAAGAAACAAAGAUUGAUGAUAACUCUUGUAUGCAAGAACAAGAGAGAUCUUAUGUACCUGGCAUAAGAAAAUUAUCGCUUUGCUUUCCUAGAAAGUCUUGUUUAGACAGGGCUCAGCACGCUAUGUGCCUUCGUGUUUUAUUAAAAUUGUCUGACAAUGAAAAAAAGAGCAUGUCCGAUGAAGAGAGAAAAGAGUUUGAACAAUACAUGGCAUUGCAAGAGAUAAUAUCUAAAGAACAGAAGGAAUUUCUAGAUUUUGUAAAGAGUAAAUGGAAUGAUGCUUUUGCGUGGAAUAUUAAAUGUAAUAAAUUUGUAGUAUCAAAAUGGAACAUAAAAAUGCAGAGAUUUAAAAAGUUACCAAGAUAUUAUAUUGAAUCUAUAAAUAUACCACUUUCUGUACAAAGGACUAAUUUAAAAAAUGAAGAUAUUAAAGUAACAAUUUUGUCUUGUUUACAACAGGGAUCAUUUUCAAAGGUGGUAUUGCCGAAACUCGAUCAUCAACAUAUGUUAUUCAUAAAUUCUGAAUCAUUGCUAGCACAAUAUCCUCCAUGCGUCGAACCUGACAAAGUGAUGCAACAUUUCAGAUUACCCGUGAGCGAGGAUACAUAUUGCGAAAGUCUUGCAAUUGAAGCUGGAGCAGAUAUUGUUAUCUCAUCUAGUGGCCUCAAGUGUCUACUAAGCAACAUAGAUUCGGAUCAUUCAGAUUCAUGGCUUGUACCAGUGGUUGUAAAAUCGCAUUGUGGAAAGAAUAUUGUUUACAUCGAUAAAAGAUUACCACCUACUAUUGCCACUAUACCACAAAAAAAUACUUGGGUAUAUAAGUAUAUCCUUAGACACUUUUUUGUUACAAGUAAAUCAGAAAAGAUAAAAUAUACGAAAGAAGACAAACUCGAGAAGGCUGCAAAUUCAGACUCAAAUAGUAACGAUAAUGAUUUAUUUGAUUACUAUCUUAAAAUCUUUGAAGAAGAUUUAUGUGGAUCAAAUAAAUCGAAAAAAUCAGAUAAUCUAGCAAGUGACAAAACUGAUAAAAUAAAUAAGAAAACAAAUGUAUCAUAUAAUCUUUUCGAAAUAGGACAAACGGAUCUUCCAGAACAUGAACGAAUAAAACACGAAGUGAAGGUCUAUCAAAUAUUGGUUCGUACAAAAACAGAUGGCAUUGAGAUGUUAUCAAACAACAAAUGUCAGCCUUUAAUAUUAGCACCAAAGAUGGAGCAUCAAUUAGAAUUAGGAGCUGAAGCUGUAACAUUAGAAGAAAGCUUGCAUCAAUGGGCAUCAUUAAAAUUUAGACCAAACACAUCAUUAGCUAGGGUCAGGAUAGAAACUAAUACUUCAGAAAUAAUACAAAUAGAAAGACAUACAACAACAUCAUUGAGCAAUGAGAUAAAACGACUUUAUGACAUUAAAGUAGAAGAUUCUCUAAAUAUUUUGUACAAUAUAAUCAAAGGAUUAUCUUCCUUGACUCCUGGCCGCUAUAUUAUGCGGCAUGUACCACAAAAUGGACCGUUUGCUUAUGUUUAUGAACAUACAAUCGAACCUAGGAAAAAUGUUUUUGAUUUACAUACGGUUUGUCAGACCGAGUUUCAAACAAUACCUAACACACCAUGGCCACCUAUAGACCAUAUGAUGCCAACACCAGCGCUUAGAUGUUUUCAAAGAAUGCCUGCGAUGUUUUAUCCAAUUAUGCAUCAAAAAUUCAAACCUAUUAGGUCUAGAGGACGUCCAAGAAAAAAUGCUAUUAAUAGUCAAGGUUAA